GAUCCGAACGCAGCGUCCACCAAAACAUUGAUCGCCAUUUCCCUCGGUUCUCCUGAUAACAUUUUCGCCAUUUCUUCUUCUCUUCCACCGUCUUCUGUCUAAAUGCGGGGAACCUUACUUCAAGUAUUACCAACCCUUGCCCGGCAGCGGGCUUUGGGGGGGGUCCAUCACAUAGCAGGAGGCGUGCACUUAAGGGCUGCUUCAGUCAUCUCCAGCUCGAGCUCUCUUCAGGUGCAAAGACUUCAUACCGAGGAGAGAGUUUUGAGGGUUUCGCCAUGUCAGUCUAAUAGAGAUAAAAGGUCUCUCUUGACUUCUGCAAGUCAUAAUGUUGACCAGGUCUGCAACUAUAAAAAUUUUGGCCACCAGCAACAAUAUACCCCCAGAAUUACAAGGAUUUAUUAUUUUAUAGUCGGUGUGAUGCUGUUCGCGACAGCCAUUAAUUGGAAAUGGGUCAAGAAAGUUUUCACAGUGGAUGCAGAGAGUGUUGCCGAAGCAGACAUACCCAGUCAUGAAUCGGAAAAUACUGCUGCUUCCGAAGAGGCUUCCGAGGGAUCACUGGAGUCGUCAUCGGAGGAGUCAGAGGAUGAGGGCGAAGGCAAGAAGAAGAAGCGUGUGGGAUUCAGAGACAGAAAGAUCAUUGAAUAUGAGAAUCGCAUACGACAAUAUUCAACCCCAGACAAGAUUUUUCGAUACUUUGCGACUCUGAAGGUGUAUGGGGAUCAUGGGGAUCACGAGAUUUUCAUGACCCCAGAUGAUUUCCUGCGCUGUAUAACUCCGGGCAUCAAGCAGCCCGAGGGACUUGGUCUCGACCAGUACAAGAAAUAUGACCCCAAGUCGGCAGAAGAGAACACCACCAAUAAACUAGAGCUUGCCUUGGACGAGGACUCGAUUUUCUACAAGCUUGGAAGCUCUGGCCUCAUCUCCUUCUCGGAUUUCAUCUUCCUGCUGACCGUCUUGUCCACUUCACGAAGACACUUUGAAAUUGCAUUCCGGAUGUUCGACUUGAAUGGCGAUGGAGACGUGGACUAUGAGGAGUUUGAUAAGGUAGCAACCUUGAUCCGCAACCAGACGAGUAUCGGCGCUCGGCACAGAGAUCACGCAAACACUGGAAACACUUUUAAGGGUGUCAAUUCUGCACUCAGCACCUACUUCUUCGGCAUGGACCUGAAGGAGAAACUUACCAUUGAAAAAUUUCUGGAAUUCCAACAGCAACUCCAGCAGGAAAUUCUUAGUCUUGAGUUCCGCCGCAAAGGACCCAAUGAGGAUGGGCUUAUCCAGGAGGCAGAUUUUGCAGAGCUGCUGUUAGCGUAUGGAGGUUACCCACCUAACAAGAAGGCAAGGAUGUUGAAGAGGGUGAAAAAAGCCUUUAAGGGUGAAACGUCAAGGGGGAUUAGCAGAGAUGACUACUUGAAGUUCUUCCACUUUCUGAACAACAUCAAUGAUGUUGACACAGCACUGACUUUCUACCACAUCGCUGGAGCGUCCAUUGACCCAACAACCCUCAAACAUGUGGCCAAAACUGUGGCACACGUAGAGUUAUCUGAUCACGUAGUAAAUGUUGUCUUCACCCUCUUCGAUGACAAUAGUAAGUUGGCCAACCUUUACACGCUGAUUCACGUUGGCCCCGACUCGGUCUCCCGAGCCACAGCCCGAGCUGGAGGCUCCCCCGUGGUCCGGUCCCCAGGGCCCCUUCGCUUCACUUGCCCCGACUGUGUCUCCCGAGCACAGCGGACGAGGUCCCCUGAGCAACCGACGUUGCCCUUGCUAAUUCCCUUUCCCCUGCUCUCCGGACAGAGCGCCAAGCGAGCACGGGAUUCGUGA